GGGGAGAGUUAGAAGCCUUAAAUGUGUUGUGAGGGCACCGAGCUGUCAGACCUUUUGGCGAGUAAGAUUGAUCGCGCACAGGCUUCCAGGACUCUUUGUUUGGUAUAUAAGCAACAAACUGAGAGAGGCCUACCACUUCUCUUCUUCCCCUCUCUCACUCGCCAAGCCAUAUAUUUUAAAAAUGGAAUUACAGAGACUGCUUAACGAAAAAAUUCCCAAUUGAGGCUUCCCCGGAUCAUUGGAGGUUAUAGUCCCAUCCCAUAACGAAAACUAUUUACAUAGUAUAAUGAUGCAAAUUGAUUCAUUGUAAAUGGACGAUUUUAAAGGUGAUGUUUUUUUUUUAAAUUACAAUUUCACGCAGAAUAGAUAAUGGAAAUAUGGGAGAUGUUUUUCUCAGCAUUGCAGCUACUGUCCUCCCUGUAAACCAGGCAAGCAAUAUUACUCACUAGGAUAGUAUUCAAAAGCUCACAAUUAUUGAACCUUUUUAAUCGAAAAAUGAAGUUAUUAACAAUCCAUAAAGAAAGACAUCUUGUUUGUUUAGCAUAGUGUGUUUAUUGUGCACAUCCAUCAGCGCUCAUGCCCUCGUUGUUAAAUCUGUACCUUUUUGUGUAACAAACGAAAGACGCAUGUGCGUUAAUACAUCUAAAGAGGCCAGAUUAAUACCACAUAAAAGAAUUUCUAUGACUGCGCAUGCAUUGAGUACAUGUGUGUGGUGGGUCUUUUCUUCUUUCUUUUUUUUUUUUUUUGUACAAGUUUCUGGGCCUGAGCUGUAAAUGUUUAACAGCUGUUAUAGGAUGAAAAGGUCUGGACGUGUCAUACUCGUCAGUAUUAACUUAAUGGAUGGGCUUUUUAUUGCUACACAUGUCGAUGGGUGCAGUGCAUAUUUCAUUAUUAUGCAUCUUUGAAGAAUCACUUUUAUUAUUGAGUCCACAUUCAGGGCACAUAUACUGGAUCAUUGGGGGUUGUCUCUGUCGAGUUCAGGCUCAAUAUCAGUUUUUGGCUUAUAUAUAUAUAUAUAUUUUACCUCUGUAGCCUGACUCUUGCCUAUAUGAAUAGCCACUGACGUGAAAUGUGUGUGUGUGUCAGUGUGUGUCGGUGUGUAUGUGGUGGGGGCGUUCUCGACUGACAUGCUCAAACAAUACGAGAAAGAGGAGUGCACGAAUCCGCGCACCCUGAGCUGGUCUCCUUCGCCGUAAUAGUGAGCGUCAGCCAUUCUUAAAAAACACAUUUUGUAGCUUAGUGGACUGGACUAGAAGGGCGAGGGGAGGAUAAACUGAGCGGAUAAAGAUGUAAAUAAAAACAGUCGUCCCCCCCAGCUGAUCGAGGCGUUUUUGGAUCAAUCAGGCAGACAGUGGCUCCUUUUGAUUAAACCCCAAAUUGUCAUUGGGCAGGGGUAAUCAUGUGACAGGCAAUUCGGUCCAAUUUCAACCUUGUCUCCAUGAAUUCAAUAGUUUAAUACUAGCUCGGUCCCCACGCGGCCGUAAUCAGUGAUAUAGCAUGCAAACACCACCAGGAUAUUUUUUUUAAUGACUUUUUCUUUUUCGUCCUCGCUGAGCCGCAACAAUUCUAAAAAUACGCGUGCAAACUUUCCAAGGCUCUCAGGGAGCGGAGAUGAAUUACGAAUUCGAGCGAGAGAGCGGUUUUAUCAAUAGUCAGCCAUCGCUUGCUGAGUGCCUGACAUCUUUCCCCCCUGUCGCUGAUUCAUUUCAAAGUUCAUCAAUCAAGAGCUCGACGCUUUCACGCCCGACACUGAUUCCUCCUCCCUUUGAGCAGACCAUUCCUAGCUUGAAUCCGGGCGGCCAUCCGCGGCACGGCCGGCCAAGGCACAGCCCCGACGGAUGCAGCCCGCUGCCCACCGCCUCCUUACCCCCGGAGUACCCCUGGAUGCGGGAGAAGAAAGCCUCCAAGAGGAACCACCUGCCGACCUCCAGCGCCACCACCCUUUCCAAUGGGCCCGAGUGCUCGUUUUCUCCAAAAGGCUCGCCCGAGAUCGUGGAGAGCAGCGGGGGAGGUGGGGGCUCCCGUCGGCUGAGGACGGCGUACACCAACACGCAGCUGCUGGAGCUGGAGAAGGAGUUCCACUUCAACAAGUAUCUGUGCCGGCCGAGGCGGGUGGAAAUAGCGGCCCUGCUGGACCUGACCGAGAGGCAGGUCAAAGUGUGGUUCCAAAACCGGCGCAUGAAGCACAAGCGCCAGACGCAGACCAAGGAGAACCACAACGGGGAGGAGAAGGGCCAGGGCGCCGAGGAUGGAAUCCACAGCGACGAGGAGGACGAGGGGCCCCUGUACGAGCGGAGCGGGGCCCUGCUGGAGAGAGAUACCUGCUCCUUUCAGAACAACUCUCUAAGCUCUAUACAGCAGCUCCACAAUGGCGAGUCCAUGAUCUUUGCUGCUGCGCCGCUGAACAGCAAUGACAAAAAUCUGAAACAUUUCCCCAACCCGUCACCCACUGUUCCGGGCUGCAUGUCAACAAUGGGCCCAGGCUCGGCAUCUGGCCCGGACAAUGGAGACAGUCCCCCGGCCCUGGAGGUUUCUAUACACGAUUUUCAACCUUUCUCCUCGGAUUCCUGCCUACAGCUCUCCGAUGCAGCCUCGCCGAGUUUAUCGGAGUCCCUGGACAGCCCCGUGGACAUUUCUGCGGACAACUUCUAUUUUUUCUCGGAGUCCCUAACUACAAUCGACCUGCAGCAUCUAAACUAUUAACUGAAAUCAAUCAAGUUCUUAUCUUUCCUUUGGACACUAAACAUCAGGUUGCGAUGGUAUUAACUGUGUUGUUAUUUGUACAUUCGGAACAUGUAUUCUGUUGGUAUUUGAUUUGACGAUUAAUACAAGGUAAGGAUGACAGGAAAUCACUGAAAAAGCUCUACUCACAUAUGGCUUGUAAUUUACAGCAAAUUGUUCUCUUGGAAUGAAAAUUAUUGAGUGUUUGUGAAUAGUUUCACAAUAUUAGACCUAUGAGACCUGGUCUUUUUAUUUUUGUAUAGCUUCCAAUGUCUUGGAUAUUUUGUUAGAAUACAAUUAACUU